AUUGAGGAAGCCCUAAUUAGAGCUUCUUCAUCUUCAAUUUUUUGGUUUCUGAGUCAAGACGAUGACGAUCGAUUCGCAGCAGAAAACAAAGUUCCGAUGGGGGGAAAUGGACGAAGACGACGAUUUUGAUUUCUUGCUGCCUCCGAAGCAGGUGACUGGGCCAGACGAGAAUGGUUUGAAGACGACGAUCGAAUACAAGUUCAACGAUGAAGGCAAUAAGGUUAAGAUAACGACUAGGACACGUGUCCGGAAGCUAGCUUCAGCUCUGCUCAACAAACGGGCUAUGGAGAGGAGGAACUGGCCUAAGUUUGGAGACGCUGCCAAUGAGGAAGCUGGUAGCCAUCUUGUUGUUGUAAGCUUGAAAUAGCUUGGUGUUCAAGCUAAGUAUAUUUAGGAGAUAUCUAAAUAUACAUAUCUAUUAUGU